GGAAACUGUCCCCGCUGUGUCUAUGGUCUUCGCGGGGCCGAUGGGAGGCUGGCGGAUCAGCGUGCACAUUCCUGCUCCAUUACCUCACAUUCGGAGAAGGGGCCGCUGGGAUAGUGGAGGACCUGGGCUCUUCUGCCUUGCUUCACCUCUCUGUUUAGCCGGCGGCGAGCCCGGGAUUCCUCGUUCGGUUUCGCUGUGCGUUUCCCCCUCCCCCCCGCCUGCCUUGCCUCCCCUGCCCCGCUGGGUCCACUUCUUCGACUCUCACCCGCCCUGGCCCAUGGCUCCAUGAAGCGCGGGGCAGCAGAGGUGGCGGCGGCGGGGAGGCAAGAGCAGGAGCGGCGGCGGCGACGCUGGUGGCGGCGGCGUUGGUUGGGCUGAAAAAGUGACUGGGGAAGGGAGCCGUCUCCUCGCCAGGAAAAGAGAAGCAGGUUUGGCUGAUGUGCUCGAGGAGAUAAUUUGCCAGGCUUGUGUAUUCUGUCCCAAUGUCAAUGUGGUCUACAGCUAUAUGGAUUUGAUGACAGUAUAUGCCUUGUCGCUAAGUUCUGCCGAGGUCCUCCUAUUUGUGCCACAGCCUGCAGGCAUCCAUCUGGCAUCAGCCAAAGGGAAGAAUAUGUUUUCUAUUUGGGGAACAGGAAUGGGCCGUGAGAAAAGAAAAUUCAUUCCAGAUAUAAAAUAGCUUCCCCUCCACUUGCCCAACUCCUCCUUGGCAAUACAAGUUUUCUGCUUUCAGGUUCUACAGUACUCCAGGCAGCAAGUGCUGAAUCAGGAUGGGAAAAAGACGCUGUGUUCCUCCACUUGAGCCCAAGUUGGCAGCAGGCUGUUGUGGGGUAAAGAAACCCAAAUUGUCUGGGAGUGGAACACACAGCCACGGGAAUCAAGCCACAACCGUGCCAGUCUCUAGUUCAGGUCCUCUUCAGAACCACCAGCAUGCAGAUGGGGGCAAUGGAAGGGAGAAUGUAUCAGAUUUGACUUUAUGCCCCGGAAACUCUCCAAUUACUCGAAUGAAUCCCUCUUCAGGAGCAUUGAGCCCACUCGCCCGGCCUAAUGGAACUGCCAACAGCACCAAAAACCUAGUGGUGACAGCGGAGAUGUGCUGCUACUGCUUUGAUGUACUCUACUGUCAUCUUUAUGGUUUCCCUCAGCCAAGACUUCCUCGAUUUACCAAUGACCCCUAUCCACUCUUUGUGACAUGGAAGACAGGGCGAGACAAGCGACUUCGGGGCUGCAUUGGAACUUUCUCUGCCAUGAAUCUUCACUCAGGACUCAGGGAAUACACAUUAACCAGUGCACUUAAGGAUAGCAGAUUUCCACCCCUGACUCGUGAGGAGCUGCCUAAACUUUUCUGCUCUGUCUCCCUCCUCACUAAUUUUGAGGAUGCCACUGACUACUUGGACUGGGAGGUGGGAAUCCAUGGAAUCAGAAUUGAGUUCAUCAAUGAGAAAGGUGUCAAACGCACAGCAACAUACUUACCUGAGGUUGCUAAGGAACAAGAUUGGGAUCAGAUUCAAACAAUAGACUCCUUACUCAGGAAAGGUGGAUUUAAGGCUCCAAUUACCAAUGAUUUUAGAAAAACUAUUAAACUCACCAGAUACCGCAGUGAGAAGGUGACAAUCAGUUAUGCAGAAUACAUGGCUUCUCGUCAGCAUUGUUUUCAGAAUGGCACUCUUCAUGCCCCACCCCUCUACAAUCAUUACUCCUGACACAAGGCUGCAUGACCAGUCCCGCCCCCCAGCUGCCACUAAUACCUAUGACAUCAUUGGGGCAGAUGCCUCCUCUUCCUGGUCCAGUUACUUCUAUUACUGCACCAUUUUAUGAUGCUAGCUUCCGUUGCCAAGUCUGCCUUCCAGCUGACUGAGGGAUGGGGGAUACCAGUGAGUGCAACUGAACUUCAGGGGCCCAUGCCUUUCCCCAUCCUUCCUUCAGAAUGAGGGUUCAGUUGGACUGAGGCUGCAAGACUAACAGUUGCGGUUGGGUAGAGAGAACCUGGAGGAACGGCAGUAUCACUUCAGAUUUCUCUGUCUGCGUGUUAAAUUGCACUGUAUUCAUUUGAAUUGUUAAUUAUGACAGGCCCCUUGAUCAAGUAGGAGAGUUCUCCUGGCAGUCUGGGCAACGGAGUCCAACAAAAUAUUUUUUUAGGUUAUUUUUAAUUUUUUUAAACCUCUGAUAUUUAUCUACCAUCAGCUGAUUAGUCCUUAUACGUCCCAAGCAAGCAGAUGACAUGACAUGUUACAAGGACAGUGUGUCAGCAGAGAUUCCUCCUCCUCACAGAAGUUGGCAGUUGUUCAAAGAUUUGAAAGGGAAAACAGAAUUUACUGCAGAUAAAACUAUUGCUUGCACAUAUCCAGGAGGUUUCAGUUCUCACAUCUAGCUGCUCUUGCUUUUGACAAAGAAGGAAAGUAGCCUACUAAAUAGAACCGUAAUGCAUGCAUGAAGGUGAAGUGCUCUGGGUUAUGUAUGGGAGUAGCUGACAUUUCCUUGUCUCCUGAGAGUAUACUGUCUCUCUCCUUUGGGUUUUUUUUUUCCUGGGUUUCAACUUGAAAUACAAGAAGCAGAGUCUGUAAUUGGAUUGGGGCAGAUUUUGUUCCCCACAAAGCCAUCAUUAUAGCAAUUCAAAAAGAGUGUGAAAGUUGUUUAUAGGAAACGCUCCAUGUAACAGCUUUCUCUGGCAUGACCCUAAUAUCCAGGCAAUGAAACACACAGUAAAUGUUAGCCUUUAAGUGGUUAUCCGAUGAAGGUAUCAUUGCUGUUGUGGUGCCUCAGUCCUAAAUACAUGUAAUUGGAAGUAAAUCAAAUUGAUUUAAAAUUACAUUGUGUCCGGACAAGUGUACUUAGAAUUGGAACCUGAGGAAUGCUGUCUACCCCUCCCCCAAGUUAACUCAGAACCAUGUUUGACUAUCCUGUGGAUUUUAAAAUUUCCUUUCCUAUUGUUGCUGAAUACCAAGUACACUGAAUCAUAACUGGAAACCUCUUUUUUUCCAUUCAACAGUCCCAGUUCUCUUGUGUGAGUCACUGUGUUAUGAAUGCAGGCAUUCUUAAAUGAAUCCACAGGAAGUAUAAAAUGGUAAUGCAGGACUUCUGAAAAUCUUGAUAAUCGGCACUGAUAGAUUUUUUUUAAAAUCCAGGCAAAGAGCACAGUAUUAUGAGAGUUUGAUUCCAUAUAUGCAGUAUGUGUAACAACUGUAGCUUUUAUGGAUGACUGGAAGCAGGCCAUCCCUUUUACAGUGGGAUGCGAGUCUCCAGAUUGGUAGUAUAAAUGAACAUUGCCUCGGUGGAAAAAAUAUAUAUAUGCCUUCUAUCUUGAAGCAAAGUGUCAAAGGCAGUCUAAAUAGAUGCUGUGUUACUGGAGAAGUAGACAUGAAUAGCCCAUAUGAACUGGUGAGCAAUAUUUGCCAGUAUCUGGCUCGACUGCACAAAGUAAACUGCUGGCUAGAAGAGGGCAAAUCAUAUCUUCCUGCCAAAAGGACUGUUUAGAGAAACUACGAAGCCUCCAAAUUAUAUAUUUUUCUGUCAUUGUUCUUCUGUCUCUGAAGAAAACCUAAACUGAAAUUUUGCUUGUUGAUGAACACAUAUCUAAGAUGGCAAGGGGGGGAGAGGAGCUCAUAUCCAGCCGUCUGCACUACUGCCCCAGCUUUGGUUUUGUAUUGGAUCAUUUGUAUGGAAUACCACUUUUUCCCUUCUAAUGAUGAUGAAAUAUGUUUGAAUAUGAGGGGACUGUUUCAUGAUUUCCUGCUACUGAGAAUAAAUCAGUCUUCUUACAAA